AGAGCUACAGCUGCAGAGCUAAAAUGGAAUAAAUGUCAGCCCCCGGGGAGAACGUGAUCCUUUCAGCCAUCGUGAGGGAAAAGCAGGCAGAGAAAGGACAGAAUAAGGGGCAGCAUUCAGAGCCGGGAGCCGAUUGCAGCACCCUGAGAGCGCAGCCGGUGGGCAGAGCCAGCAGUGACCUCCCUGCAGCAGCGCUCCGUGCCAGAGACGCACGCCCAGCGUCAGCACAGCACCUACGGAUACCGGCAGAGGCAGGCGGGGAUUGGAGCUGCUGUCCGCUGAUCCGGUGCCAGGUGUGACUCAGGACGAAGGGCAAAAGCCUGAAAGGAAGUUUUGGGGUUUUUUUUUUUUAAGUGCAUUGUCUGCAGGACUGGAAAGAUGAUGGAGAGCACAGGAGGGCCGUAUCUGAACACGGCGGCUGUGACAUCUCCGGUGGGAAUAGUUCGUUUGCUGCAGAUGAUGUUUGGAUGCACCACGUUCAGCCUGGUGGCCCACCAGGGGGGAUUCAGCGCAGCAUACGGCACUUUCUGCAUGUUCGUCUGGACCUUCUGCUUUUCUGUCACUGUCUUUAUCAUUACCUGCGAGUUCACGCACCUGCACAGCUGUCUGAGCAUCUCCUGGGGAAACUUCACAGCUGCGUUCGCCAUGCUCGCCACGCUCAUGUCGGUCACAGCGGCGGUGAUCUACCCGCUCUACUUCGUGCAGCUCGGCUGCUACCCCAUCACCUGCGAGGUGAGAGACUUCCGCAUAGCGGCCAGCAUCUUUGCCGGCCUCGUGUUCGUUGUGUAUGGCGCGGAGGUGUUCUUGACCAGAGCCAAACCAGGACAGGUCACCAGCUACAUGGCCACUGUCUCUGGGCUCCUGAAGAUCGUACAGGCCUUUGUGGCUUGCAUCAUCUUUGGGGCUCUGGUGAACGACAGCCAGUAUAGCAAAUACGUGGCCACACAGUGGUGCGUGGCCGUCUACAGCUUCUGCUUUAUGGUCACGGUGGUGGUGGUCGCCUUCAGUGUCACAGGUAAGACCGCCCAGCUGUGCUUCCCCUUCGAGCGCUCUGUGGUCGUCUACACUUUCGGGGCCGUCCUGCUGUACGUGAGUGCGGCCGUCAUCUGGCCGGUGUUCUGCUUUGACAGCAAGUACGGCUCCCCGCAGCGCCCCAGCGCCUGUGCCAAGGGCAGGUGCCCCUGGGACAGCCAGCUGGUGGUGGCCAUCUUCACCUACGUCAACCUGCUGCUCUACGUGGUAGACCUGGCGUACUCCCAGCGCAUCCGCUUCGUAUCCCACAUCUGAGGCCCAGCUCUGCCCCGGCUCCAGCAGCAGCAGCGGGAGAUGGGACGCAGCGAGGACAGGCACUGACCGGGCCAGGAACCAGAGCUCGUCGCCAGGGCUGAGCGGGCCCACAGUCACAGCCUGCAGUAGGUCAGCUGCCCACCCCCAUCAGUCGGCAUCUGCUUCAGCCACCUGGUGCCAGAGUGAAGAAAUUCUGCAGUCUGAAGUAUGCAAAAUGGCCUCUCAUCUCCAGAAGGCAGAAAUGCUUGCUGCAAUAGUGGGUCUGUAAGCUGCUGGAACGCUGAGCCAAAUAUUAGGAAAGACACCAAAGAUUUUGAAACUGUUACCAACACUUAACUAUAAUCAAGUGUCUACCCAGGAAGUGGGAAAGUUAAAAGCUGCAUCAAGGAACAGCAGUUCCAGAGACGAAAAACAAUGUUGGAGUUUGGGUUAGUCUGGGCUGUGUGGUGAGACAUGAAAUACUUGCAAAUGUGGGAAAUUCCAGUCGGGAUGUUUCUGAGAAGAACAUCAGAGCUGUGAUAUUAUUUUGAUGAUUUCCUUCCCCUCUGCUCCCCUGUUUAGCACAGAAAAAGAAGAUCCCAAGCACGCACCUUGAGGGGGAGCACAGGGGAUUCUAUUUAGCAAACACCAAGUCUUUACAGGAAUGAACAUUUGUGAAACUGGAGUUCUAUUGCCAAGAAAUGGUGCAGAAUAGACCCAAACUGCAAAGCAACUGCAAUCAGCCGUCCUUGCUUGGACAGGACCAGAGGGUACCUCAGCACCUGCACUGUUCAUAUGCCAUUGCUUCUUUAUACUGAUGUCAGGAUUAUUUUCCUGGCAGUUUAAAGAUAAGUUUUUUGGGUAGAGGUGGGGAUGAAGGGUAUGCAAAGAUGAAUCGAUGUCACAGCCCUGCAUAACGACCGAACUUGUAAGGAAAAUCCUUGCAUGUAAUGCUAACAAAUGGGGAGUGCUGGCUCAGAGCAGAUCAGGCUCUGGGAUUGCUGAGCUCUCUGUCACACACCAGCUGCGCUCCUCCGGCCCAUCCCUGACAAAACACCCAAAAAAGUCCCACAUAGCAUGGCUCAGAUUUCCAGCUUAGCUGAAGAACUCCUCACUGGUGAUCAGGCGGACACUACAGCAGCCCGAGAUCUCGUGAAGGGCAGACAGAUGGGAUUAAAAUCCAGAAGUAGCUGAAGGACAGAAGCGAGAUUUAUUUUUUUGAGCAAAUUAAAAUAAAGCUGAAUGACAGCCUUGCAGAUUACA